AUGUUCACUGGCUAUACUAAUGUGCAUUUAGCUAGUGGAUACGAGUCCAAAUGUUUGGGUGUUAAACGUUCGUCCGCCAAAGUGGCGCUGCAUGAUCCGUUUGAGGAGAAUGCACUUGUUUUGUAUGAGCCUCCUGAAUUAAAUGUCCAUGAAAGCUUAAAAUCUGACGCCGAAAAAUUAGUUCACGUGGUCGUCGAUCCAUCUCUGACCAAGUUUCUGCGUCCCCAUCAACAAGAAGGUGUUAAAUUCAUGUAUGAUUGUGUUACUGGUUUGAGGAUUCCAGACAAUUAUGGCUGUAUUAUGGCGGACGAAAUGGGUCUUGGUAAAAAACUUCAAUGCAUUACUCUGGUUUGGACCCUACUGCGCCAAAGUCCUGAGGCGAAACCAAUGAUUGAUAAAGCAAUUAUCGUGACACCCAGUAGUCUUGUGAAGAACUGGGCAAACGAGUUGAGUAAAUGGUUGCAUGGUCGGGUGAACCCUCUAGCCAUCGAUUCGGGAUCAAAGGCUGAAAUUGAUCGGAAUCUGGCUCAGUUUAUGUCCCAACGACCUCCACGCAUAGCUACCCCGAUUCUGAUAAUCUCCUAUGAAACCUUCCGGUUACAUGUGGGGGAGUUGCACAGAGGAACAGUAGGACUGAUUAUUUGCGACGAGGGUCAUCGUCUAAAGAACUCCGAAAAUCAGACUUAUCAGGCAUUGGUUCAAUUGAACUGCCAAAGACGGGUUCUUUUAUCUGGAACACCCAUUCAAAACGACCUGUUGGAGUACUUUAGUCUGGUGCACUUUGUUAAUGUGGGCCUACUUGGUACUGCAGCCGAAUUCCGUAGAAAAUUUGAAAUCCCCAUUUUACGUAGUAGAGAUGCACUCACAUCUUUGAGAAAUGCUAUACUUAACCACUAG